AUGAUAGCAACAUUCUCUGCCUUCACCGCAACCCCUUACUCCGUCCCCACCUCCGUAGUAGUCUCUCUCAACGCCCGGCGCGCCGCCGACUCCCCUUUCGCAGCCCCGUCACCGGACACCCCGUCCCGAAUGAUGGCUGAUUCGGUCGCCAACGCCGUUGGUGCCAUGGGGAAGCAUGGUGUACGCAAGAUUGUCAUUAUGAGCUCUAUGGGCACGGGGUCGAGCUUUGCGGGUUUGAACUGUUUGAUGAGGUGGCUGAUGGCGAAAAGCAAUAUGCGGUUGCAGGUGAAGGAUCACAAUGCCGUGGAUGCGGAGACGAGGGAAGCUAACGUGGAUUUCGUGCUGGUGAGACCCGUCAUGCUGGCCGAAGGUCUGGCGGCCGAGGUGAAGGUGUACCCUGAUGAUGGGAAGGGGGCUGGGUUCAUGCCGAAGAUCACUCGGGCGAGCGUGGCCAAAUUCAUGGUUGAGGCGGUGGAAGGACAUGAGUAUGUUGGGAGGGCUCCGGUCAUUACUAAUUGA